AUGGAGUCUUCUAAGACCUUCAUGAGAAACUUGCCGAUCACACCAGGCUACAGUGGCUUCGUGCCAUUCCUCAGCUGCCAGGGCACCCCCAGCGAGGACAACAUGUUCCAGUGUUUGAAAGCCUUCCAGGAGAAGACGCGGAGAUACAAAGACCAGCUGGAGGAACUUCACUGCUCCGUGGCCGCUGCCCCGAAACUGAAACCCAUCUGCUCCCAGGAGACGGUCCUUCGGGCGCUGCACCAGUACUACCAGCAAUACCACCCCAUGAGUCUAGAAUGCAAAUAUGUAAAGAAACCCCUCGAGGAGCCCCCGAUCCCUGGCUGGGGGGGCUACCUGCCCAGAGCCAGGGUCACUGAACUUGGCUGUGCCACGCGGUACACCGUCAUGGCCAGAAACUGCUACAAGGACUUCCUGGACAUAACGGAGCGGACCAAGGGAGCGCGCCUAAAACCAUAUGAGGAAAUCUAUGGAGUUAGCGCCACACAACCUCCACUUGCUCCUCCUCCAAAAGUUUUACAGCAUAAUGGGCUGCUACCAAAAUAUCCGGAUUUUUCUGUUCCAAGUGGAAGCUGUCCUGCCCUCGCAAGACCCCUGAGAGAGGACCCCAUACCUCCAGUGGGGUGUGGCUGUGGCCAGGCGAAUACGUCAGGCAGUGGGAAGAUUUAUCUAGAGCCACUGACCUCAGCAAAGUAUGUAGAAGGCUAG